AUGAAGGAUUGUGUGUUGCUGCGUUUGCCUCUUGCCAGGGUAGAGUAUAGUCUGCCGCUCCAGUUGGGUGUCGUUGUUGCUUCCGAGGCUUCAGAAUUCAUGAUGAACUUACUUCAGAUUGUGCGUGACCACUGGGUACAUAUACUUGUCCCUGUGGGAUUUGUCGUUGGAUGCUAUCUAGACAGAAAGAAUGAUGAAAAGCUAAUUGCUUUCCGGAACAAGAGUCUGUUAUAUAAAAGGGAAUUAAGACCCAGUGAAGAAGUCACGAGGAAGUAA